GCUUUUAUUGUACUAUCUAUGUAUCUAUGUUGUUAUGUCCUCUUAACUUCUCUCUUUUCUUUUAUUCCUUUCUUUUAAAAAGAAAACCAACUCUAGUGGGUAACUCAAUGAAUGAAUAUGUUGAAUUAAAUUAUGUGAUGGAGAAUUAAGGUUUCAGAAAGUUCUGAUAUUGAUGAUGAGGAUGAGGAGGAAUUCAUCUGUUGCUGAUCUUUUUACUCAUACUAUCUUUUCUUGGUCUCUUGAAGAUGUUACAAAUGAAAAUCUUUUCAUCAACAAGAUUGAAAAGAUUCCCAACUCAUUUCAAUCAGCUGGGCAGUAUUUGGGGUCUUAUAUCAACCCUUUAUUGGAAGAAACUCGAGCUGAAUUAAACUCGAGUAUGGAGAUCCUAUAUGGAGCGCCUUUUGCUGAGGUAACCACUUUCGAAGAAGCUAAACCGAAUGGGAAAAGAAACUAUAGAUUUCGAGUUAAUAAUUGGAGAAACAAACACAGUAAAGGUGGCAAGGAGCCUUACAAAACUUUGCCUGGAGAUGUUUUUAUUUUGACUAAUGGUAAACCAGAAUCGGUUGAUGAUCUUCAAAGGGUAGGCAGGUCUUGGGCUUUUCUAUCACUUGUUAAACUCAUUGGAGAUGGUGGUACUACUUUCACAGUCAAGGCAUCAAAGGAGCUUCAACAUGACUUUCAGAAGGGACAGACGUCGCUGUUCAUCGUUUUCUUGUCGAAUUUAGUCCCUCUCAGAAGAAUAUGGGAAGCAUUGCAUAUGUCAUCCAAUCUGGAGUUUCUAAAUAAAGUUCUGUGCAUUGAUUCUGAGGUUGAUAGAUGGUGUGAUGGCUGUUUCAAAAUAAGUAAUGGAAUAUGGGAUGGAAAUUCGGUGAAGAACUUGUCUUCUGAACUGAAUGUGUCUCAGACCAAAGCUGUUCUUUCAUGUCUUCAUAUGAUGGAAUGCAAGAGAAAAUCUUCUUUGGAACUUAUAUGGGGUCCUCCAGGAACAGGAAAAACAAAAACUACAAGUACUCUUCUUGUCACCCUGUUGAGAAUGAACUAUAAAACUCUUGUUUGUGCUCCAACGAAUGUUGCAAUUACUGAAGUGGCUUCUCGUGUCCUGAAGAUGGUGUUAGGUUCACAUGGUGAUGAUGGUUCGGUCUGUCCAUUGGGGAAUAUUCUUCUUUUUGGCACUAAGGAGAGACUCAACAUUGGUGCAGAUCUUAAAGACAUAUAUCUGGAUGAUCGAGUUGAACAGCUCGAAAAGUGCUUCAGAUCAUAUGGUUGGAGACAUAGCUUAAAUUCCAUGAUAGAUCUUCUCGAAAAUUCUGUUUCUAAUUACAAAAACAUGCUGGAGAUUGAGUCAACCAAAGAGGAAGAAGAAGCAAGCAGUACUAAAAGUAAAAAUCAAGAGAAGAGAAAAGUUGGCAAGAAAAAACUUCCAACAUUUCUUGAGUAUGUCAGAGAGAAAUUUAACAUGAUUUUCUCAGAACUUAGAGAAUACAUCUCUAUCAUCUGUAUGCAUACAGCGAAAAGUUUCAUUUCGGGGAAAAUAUUUCAAGAUAUGGUGUCCCUUACUGCCUCACUUGUUUCGUUUAAGUCAUUGCUAUGCAACAACAAGAAUGUGGUUUCUGAAGUACUUGAAAGGAUAUUUUCUUGUGCUGAAGUAAAUCAAUAUCUUUCUAAUUCAUUUGUAGAUGAUGUAUCCUUGAGGCUCGAUUUGAGGAGAAAGGAAUGUGUUUCGAGUAUGAGAUCCCUUCGCAAUUCCCUUGACAUGCUUGACUUUUCUUGGAUUAAAAGCCAAGAAGCAAUGAAGGAGUUCUGUUGGAAAAAUGCUUCAUUGAUUCUUUGUACUGUAUCAACUUCUUAUAAGCUUCAUAGAUUGAAAAUUAGGCCAACCAUUUUGAUUAUAGAUGAAGCUGCACAACUUAAAGAGUGUGAAUCAACCAUACCUCUUCAACUUCCGGGUGUAGAGCAUGCUAUUCUUGUUGGUGAUGAGUGGCAAUUACCAGCAACUGUCAAAAGCAAAGUUUCCGAGAAUGCUGGCUUUGGAAGAAGUUUGUUUGAAAGGAUGAGUUCACAAAAUCAUCCAAAACAUCUCCUUAAUGUGCAAUACAGGAUGCAUCCAUCGAUAAGCAUUUUCCCGAAUUCACAAUUCUAUCGUAAUCAGUUACUGGAUGCUGCCAUUGUGAAAAUGAACAGCUAUAGAAAGAAGUAUCUUCCAGGUCCAAUGUUUGGUACAUAUUCAUUUAUUAAUAUAAUUGGUGGAAGAGAGCAGAAGGAUGGAGAUGGACGCAGUCGACAAAAUAUGGUUGAAGUAGCUGUUAUCAUGAGAAUACUACAGAAGUUAUACAAAGCCCGGGUUAAGUCGAAAUGUGAGCUCAGUAUUGGUAUUGUGUCUCCAUAUGCUGCUCAAGUGGUUGCAAUUCAAGACCAACUUGGGAACAAGUACAGUGGAAAUGAUGGCUUCCAAGUAAAGGUGAAGACAGUCGACGGCUUCCAGGGUGGGGAAGAGGACAUAAUAAUAAUGUCCACCGUACGCUGCAAUAGUCGCCAUUCACUGGAUUUCAUAUCCAAACCACAAAGAAUUAAUGUUGCUCUAACAAGGGCUAGGCACUGUCUUUGGAUUUUGGGUGAGGAAAGAACUCUUGUUAAUGAUCAAACUGUUUGGAAUCCUAUAAUCACUGAUGCAAAAAAUAGAAGAUGUUUCUCUAAUGCUGACAGUGAUGAAGAUUUAGCCAAGGCUAUCAUAGAGGUCAAGAAAGAGUCUGGUCAAUUUGAUGAUAUGAUUGAUAAAGAUAGUAUACUUUUCAAGCGUUCUAAGUGGAAGGUUUUUUUCAGUGAAAACUUUCUCAAGUCAUUAAUGAAACUUGAAAUAGUUGAAGCAAAGAGACCAGUUAUUGAACUUUUACUUAAGCUUUCUGAUGGCUGGAGACCGAGGAAGACUAGCGUAUUGCUUUGUGAAAACUCGUUGCGAAUUAUGAGUUUUAUGGUUGAAGGUCUUUGUGUCAUCUGCACUGUUGACAUAGUAAAAGAGCAUGAAGAAUACAUACAAGUUUUGAGGAUUUGGGAUUUGUUGCCUCAUGAAGAAAUUCCAAGGUUCAAAAACAAGCUUGAUGUUAUUUUCGAGAAGUGCACAGAAGAAUUCAUCAACAAUUGCAAUGAAAAAUGCUUGGAAGGAAAAUUUGAAGUACCAAAGAAAUGGCCACUCUCUUCUAACAUUGCAUGUUUUGAGGAUCUUUCCAUGAACCAAGCUGGGAAUGACUUUAUAGCUCAUUUUCAGAAUUUAAGGAUCAAUGAGAGCUCAUUGGUGAUGAAAUUCUACUCCCUUUCCAACUGUGUAGUGAAUCACUUGUUGUCUGACCGUGAUGGUAGAGAACUCGAUCUCCCUUUCGAAGUACCAGAACGAGAAAGAGAGAUCAUCCUUUUCCAUGGAAAUACAUUUGUAUUGGGACGGUCGGGUACUGGAAAAACUACUGUCUUAUCCAUUAAGUUGUUCCAAAAAGAGUAUGUGCACCACUUGACUUUAGAAGGACUUUAUGGAGCCAACCGAAAUGGGAAUGGAAAAUUUAACAAAAGAAAUGCUGUUACAAGGAACUCAAGAAAGACCCCAGGAAAGGCUUUACGCCAGCUUUUUGUAACAGCAACUCCUAAGCUAUGCGAUUCUGUCAAGCAGUGCAUUUCAUGCUUGAGAAGUGGUAGUAGUAAAUCAGCUGAAGACAAUAUGAUUGAUAAGGAUAAUAUCGAUGAUGAAGAUUCGGGAAUUAAGAACAUUCCAGAUUCUUUUCGUGACAUUCCCGUUAGUUCAUACCCUCUUGUCAUAACAUUCCAUAAGUUCUUGAUGAUGCUUGAUGGAACACUGAGUAAAUCUUAUUUCCAAAGAUUUCUUGGUAUGGAUGAAGUUUCCCAAAAUCAAAUGCCCAGUUCAAGAUCACAUAUGUUUCAUUCCUUCUUAAGGACCAAGGAAGUUGAUUUUAAGAGAUUUUGUUCACAAUAUUGGCCUCGUUUUGAUUCCCAGUUAACGAAAAAGCUUGAUCCUUCUUGUGUCUUUACUCAGAUAGUUUCUCACAUCAAAGGCAGCCUACAAGCUUUGGAAACAAAUGAUGGUAAACUCACAAGGAAGAACUAUGUUAUGCUGUCAAAGGAAUGUGGCUCAACUUUAAGGGGGAAGAAAAGAGAGAUGAUAUAUGACAUAUUUCAGGCUUAUGAAAAACUGAAGUUGGAAAAUGAUGCAUUUGAUUUGGCUGACUUUGUAAAUGAUCUUCAUUUUCGACUCAGACAAGAAAGAUAUCUCGGUGACAAAAUGAAUUUUGUGUAUGUAGAUGAGGUGCAAGACCUCACAAUGAGUCAAGUUGCAUUGUUUAAGCAUGUAUGCAGCAACUUGGAAGAGGGUUUUAUUUUCUCUGGAGAUGUUGUGAAACCAACUGCUGGGGGCAUUGAUUGCAGGAUCCAAGAUAUUCGAUCUGUUUUCGAUAAGAAGUUUGUUCUGAAACCUAUGAAGAACAAGAAUGGAGUAGGGGGACAUAUCACCAACAUGUUCACUUUGACUGAAAACUUUUGUACCAAUGCUGGUAUUCUAAAAUUAUCCAAAAGUAUCAUUGAACUGAUCUAUCAUUUCUUCCCUCAAUCUAUCGAUAUUAUUGAACCCGAAACCUGUAUGGUCCCUGGUGAAGCUCCAAUUUUACUUCAGUGUGAGACGAAUGAAAAUGCAAUCAUAAAACUUUUUGGGAAGGGUAACAGCACAAGCAGAAACGCCAAUGGUUUUGGUGCCGAGCAAGUAAUUUUGGUAAGAGAUGAAAAAACCCGACAAAGUAUAAAGGACAUUGUUGGAAAGCAAGCUCUUAUCAUAACUAUACUCGAGUGCAAGGACUUGGAGUUUCAGGAUGUAUUGCUGUACAACUUUUUUGGAUCCUCCCCUUUGAGAAAGCAAUGGAGGCUUAUGUAUAAAUACAUGAAUGAGCAAGAUCUGAUUGAAUCAACAUCACUGCAAUUUCCUCAUUUCAACGAGUGCAAACAUGGGAUUUUGUUGGCUGAGCUGAAAGAAUUAUAUGUUGCCAUUGGAUGUUCAAAGAAGAGGUUGUGGAUUUGUGAUAACACUGAAUUCUCCAAACCUAUGUUUGACUAUUGGAUGAAGAAGUGUCUUGUGCAAACUCAACAACUCGAUGAUUCACUCGCUCAGUCAAUGCAAGUCUCAAGCAGUCCGCAAGAGUGGAAAUCGAGGGGUGUUGAGCUCUAUCAUGUGCACAACUAUGAAAUGGCCACAAUUUGCUUUGAAAAAGCUCAUGACACACUUUGGCAAAGGAAAUCUAAAGUUGCUGGCAUUCAAGCUAUGGCUAACCAAAUGGAUACUUCCAAUCCUGAAGUAAUCAAUUCUUUCCAUAGAGAAGCUGCCAAGAUUUUCAAAACUAUGGGGAAGUUUGAAUCUGCAGCAAGUUGUUUUAUAAACUCGGGAGACUACGAACAAGCAGGUAUGAUUUAUUUGGAAAAAUUUGGUGAGUCAAGGUUGAAGAGAGCUGGGGAAUGCUUCUCCCUGGGAUGUCAUUACAAGCAAGCUGCUGAUGCCUAUGCCAGAGGGAAUUUGUUCUCAGAGUGUCUGAAUGUAUGUGCCAAAGGACUCUUAUUUGACAAGGGUUUGGCAUACAUACAAUCCUGGAAACAGCAAGCUAAACAAGAUUCUGAUUUGACUAGUAGAAGCAAAGAAAUAGAAAAAUUUGGCCAGGAAUUCUUGGAGAGUUGUGCUCAACAUUAUUAUAAGCUUGAAAACAAAAACUCUAUGAUGAGAUUUGUUGAAGCUUUUAAUUCCAUGAGUUCAAUUCGUAAGUUUUUGUGCCAAUGGGGUUGUUUUGACGAGCUUAUGUCGUUGGAAGAAAAAUCAGGAAAUUUUGUGGAGGCUUCAGAAAUUGCAAAGCUAAGAGGAGAUAUACUAAUUGUAAUAGAUCUUCUUGAAAAGGCUGGGAAAUUUAAAGAAGCUGCAACACUUAUUCUUUCCUAUGUUCUUUCCAACUCACUCUGGUCUUCUGGUAAAAAAGGCUGGCCUUUACUGUUGUUUAAACAAAAGGAUUGUCUUUUAUCGAAAGCCAAAUCAUUUGCCAAGAAUGAGACUCAAGACUUCUAUGAUUUUGUUUGCACAGAAGCUGAUAUUAUGACAAAUAUGAAGAGUGACUUGACAAUGAGAAAAAAUCAAAUGAUUGCUUCUCAGAGACAUAAGAGUGUUAGGGGCGAAAUCCUAUCUGCUCGGAGAGUUCUUGAUGCUCAUCUUGAUUCAAAGGUCACAAACUAUUUCUGGGAAGGACAUAUAGUGCAUGAUCAUCUGAUGCAUUCAGAAGACAUGAUUUCUGAGACUCAGGUUUCAGUUGAGUCACUAGUUUAUUUCUGGAAUUUUUGGAAGGAUAGAAUUCUUAGAAUUUUUGAAUAUCUUGGACGUCUGCAGACACAGGACGUCGAUGAAUUCACGAGUUAUGGAGAAUUCUGUUUGGACUAUUUAGGUGUUUUGAGGCUGUCUAACAAUUUGGUCACAAACUAUGUAUUGCUCCACUCUGAUGCUGAAUGGGCUAAAAAUGUGGAGCAAAUAUAUGUAAAGAGUAAUGGAAAGUUAGUACUUUCUGUUGAUGUUGGGCAGUUUGUAUCUGCUGCUGAGAUUUAUUGGUCUUCAGAAGUACUCUCUGUUGGUUUUAAGGUUCUGAACAAACUCGAAGCCAUUUGUACCUUUGUGACUGAUAAACCCGAUUCUCUUUCGAGGAAAUGCAGGACUCUUACCCUUAUCUAUGAUGUUGCACAAUUUCUUUUGGAGUCCAAAAAUCUAAAGAGUAAGAGAACAUGUGAAAAUUCAGAUGAUCUGAAUAAAUUGAUAAGACUAUCAACUGAUUUUUCGGGAAACAUUUUCCCUUUAGAUUGGAAGAUAUCAUUGGUAGAGGACCUUGUUUCAUUCAGAGGAACAGACAUUUGUGAGAAUUUUCUGAAAAUAGUGAUUGCUGAGCAUUGCAACUCGAGGAAUAAUCUGUCUUACAAGCAAAUUGGAGCUGUAGCUGUAUUUAUACUCGGGUCUAGUAAGCUUAGUGAUGAACUAUUUGAGAAGAUUAUCAAAAGGAUGGAGCAGAACCUCCCAUGGAAGGCAUUCUUUGAGCUUCUGCAUAGGUCUAGAGGAUCAUACUUUUCAAACUCAUCUCUUAUCGGUCGGUUUCAUAAAGUUUUGGUAGAUGCAUACUCAAAUAUCAGAAAAGAAUGUGACCCCAUAUCUCCUGGUUUUUUCUUGUAUCUUGUUGACCGCCUUGUGAUUUGGUCAUCUUCGUAUAGGGGCUAUUUCUAUACAACAAAGUCAGCAUUUGUUGAGUGGCUCAGCUAUGAAGAGAUUCAUCCCAAGGCCACCAAGUCAAGUUCUGAUAACUCAGUUGGUUUUCAACUCUCUCUUCUAGAAGUACUUCGAUUUGUGAUCGAUGUUAUUAAGGAAUGCCUUUACAACGAACAGUACAUGAUUGAUUGGAUCAACAGAUCUCCCUCAAGAGAGAAGAAGGCCUAUUCAUUACUUGUGUCUAGGAUGGUUUUGAUAAUUUGUUUGCUUCAUGCGAAUUUCGGGAUGUGUUCAGAUUUACUCUUUGAUUUGCUGGCAAGGCCUGGAAUCACUUCUCACUUACCAUCAAAUUUUUGUGAUACUCUCCAGUCACAUUUUCUUAGUUUAAAUCCCAAUGUGCUCGCUAAAGCAUUUAAGCAGAUUGACAAUUCUUUGGUCAUUGUCAGUUUUGGUACCAUUGUCUCAAAGCCUUUGUUUCCGGAUGCUAUACUUGUGGAUCUCAGAGAUAAUCCUUGCAAGAAUGACAUAAUAAGAGCAUUGUUUCCGAAAAGCUUAGAAGCUUCAAAAGGUUGGAGUCAAGCUUCUGCGACAGAAGCCUGUAAUUCUAAGACAGAAAUAGUUUCAACAAGCGGUUCCACAGCAGGGACGAGUUCUGAGCUUAACAUGGUGAGAGAGCAGAAGUUGCAAAACAACAGCAUCCAGAACAAAGAUGAGCCGAGCCCACCAAAGAAUUUACGCUUUUGGGAAAUAUUUGAAGCCAUUAACUCUGAAGGAAAUGGAGAAGAGCAAGGGAAGCUUACAUCAAAUGCUCAAACAAUUAAGGUGGAUUUGGACAAAUACAUUCACCUAUUAAUUACAGCAGUGAAUAGAAUUCUUAAGAAACCUCUUGGCCAGGUCGAAAAGAUCUUACCUACCGAAAUGGGUUACAUGUUGUAUGAACUGAAGCGACUUUCUGCUGCAUUGGACGCAAGGUUGGAAUUUCUAGUGAAAGAAUUUUCUAAGAGGAUACAAUCAAGAAAACCAAGAAUGGAAGGCGUCUUGAAUCAGAUUUUUCACCAGCAUACCACAGAUUCUGGCAACACAACCUUUCAGGGUGCUGUCAAAACCGGGAACCAGGGCGAUGAUGAAGAACGCAGUAAAGCCUCGUCUGAGAAAAUUAGCUACUCGGAUGAGGUUGAGUCACUGAUUUCUAAAGCUAGUACAACUUCAGAGGUUUCUGAACCUAUUAAGGCACCGGAAAACAAAGCAAAAGAAAAGGAAGGUUGUUACAUUCUCUGAUGCAUGAUACAUGUUGAGUAUCUAUCUAUAAAUAUAUAUGAACUUUUGUAAUAUCUCUACUUGGUUAAACAAAAUGGGAAAUAAAUUGUGUGGAUGGGGUUCUCUUUUGAA